CCUGCUCCGCAGCCUGCAAGCUUUUUUUGUCAGCUGGUCGCUGCGACUCCCAGCUACGUCAACUAUCUAACAAGACAACAACAAGUUAACUUGGGCCACUAAAUACUAACAGCGAGCUCUAAAAAUGAGUGACCCGAGGACUCGGACUGGACGGCACCAAGUUGACAAACUUUAACCGACAGUCCGGCUGAACCGCGUCAUCCUGCACCGCCUCAUGAAAGACAGAGUUUUAUUGUCCUAGCUUGUUGGCUAACGUUAGCUAUUUGUCUGGUGAGUUCACCGACAUGGCUACAAGAGAGAUUUCUUUACGGCAGAGGUACCGUGGCACCCCGGCGAGCAUAAAGCAGGAGCAGGACGACGACUCGGACGCGGAGGAGACCCAGCUGGGGCUGAAGAGGUCUGACGGGCUGGAGUCACAGAUCAUCCACAGCGGACACUUCAUGGUGUCCUCGCCCCACAGCGAGCACCCCCCGAAGAAGGGCUACGACUUCGACACUGUCAACAAACAGACCUGUCAGACCUAUCAUUUUGGCAAGGCGAGCACGUCGCACCUCUCCAUAGACGCUUCACUCACCAAACUCUUUGAGUGCAUGACCCUGGCGUACAGUGGUAAGUUGGUAUCUCCCAAAUGGAAAAACUUCAAGGGUCUAAAGCUGCUUUGGAGAGACAAGAUUCGCCUCAACAACGCCAUAUGGAGAGCCUGGUAUAUGCAGUAUGUGGAGAAAAGGGAGAACCCUGUUUGUCACUUUGCAACACCCCUGGAUGGAAGCAUGGACUCCGACGUCCAUCGUCCUACAGAGGGCAUUGCCACGGAGGGGAAAUGCUGGAAAAGAAGAAUUGAAAUCGUUAUAAGAGAAUACCACAAGUGGAGAACAUACUUUAAAAAAAGGUUGCAGAAGCACAAGGAUGACGACCUCUCAAGCUUGCUCAAGGGGCCAGAGGAGCAGUUGUUGCUGUUCGGGGAAGUCUCUCCAGACAUGCUCCGUGUCUCCUUUCUUCAGGAUGAAGAGAGUACUGCACGCCGCUUGCCUCGUAAGAAUUAUGAAGCACCCGCCCCCAUGGAGAUGGACCCCCUCUUUGACAUGGAUGUUCUGAUGUCAGAGUUUUCAGACACGUUGUUUUCUACGUUGGCCUCGCACCAGCCAAUAGCCUGGCCCAAUCCAAGGGAGAUCGCUCAUGCAGGGAACGCAGACAUGAUCCAACCAGGACUCAUCCCUUUACAACCCAACCUAGACUUCAUGGACUCCUUUGAUCCACUGCAAGGUAACUUAUUUCACAGCCUCCGUCAGCCCGCCUUCCCCUCUGUUUCACCCACUGCAACAUCUGUCACCCCUCUACCCAGCAGCAGCUCUCAGUCACAGGCCCAGUUAAUGCCCUCUCUGCUUACAACCAACCACAUCUCCCCUCCUGGCCCCCCGCCCAUCCCCUCUCCCAUGGCCAGUCAAACCAGCCGAACAGCAAGUGGUGCUGCCUAUGUACCAAACUACAUGCCUCUGUUUCCUGGGCAGGUGGCGCCCAGUGAUCAAGCCGUAGUACCCUCAGUCCCUCAGCCAUUAUCCCAUGAUCCUCUGGCGCAGUGCCUUUCAGGUCGGGACAUGGCCUCGGUAGCACCCAUGGUUCCUUCACCUUUGGAUCACACCUCAGCACUGGACGAGACUGUAGCACCAUCUGUGAUUACACACACGGCCUCCUCUACUGUCACGCCGAGCGCCGCCACCACCACCUUCAGCCACGCCUCAGAGUAUUGCUCCAUAUCAACACAACCUCCACCUCCUCCUUCCCAGCUGCAGCCCUUGGCUCCAUUACCUGCCACUCCCGUCCAGCACCCUCAGACUUUCGCCCUACCUCGCCCCUUUCAGUCACCCAGUGCCAACAAAACCCACCCUGUGCAAAGGAUUUCUAGCACCAUCCCUUCGUCCCACCUAAUCCUCACAGCUCCUUUCCCAGGUAAUACUGGUGCAUUGAUUGUUACGCCAACGCCUCUGAAAGCAGAGCAUGUGGUCCAUAACACUGGAGUGGUCAUCGCUCCUCCUCAGCUUAGAGGGACAAAGAAGUCUCCAAAACCGAUCGUCCCCAAAGAAAAGUCUUAUUCUUCCAGCCUCAAAAAUCAGAAAGCCUCCUCGAGUGUCGUUCCCAGUCAGCCAGGAUCAGGUCAAGGAUCACCACGUGGGUUAGAUCAAGUCCCUAGUCCGCAGUCACUGAGCAGCAGCAGCAGCAGCAGCAGUACACCUCUGGUAAAGAAUGAACAAAAUCAGAGCCGGAGGAUAACGUACAUAUCUGCUGAGCAAAAGAGACGAUCAAACAUAAACAUUGGCUUUAAAACACUCUGCAACCUGGUUCCCACUCUGAAGUCACAGUCAAAUAUCAGUAAUGCAGUCACGCUGCAGAAGACAGUGGAUCACAUCGGGAAGCUCCAACAGGAGAGGCAGCAGAUGCAGGAGGAGAUCAAGAGAUUACGAGAGGAGAUAGAGGAGCUCAACACCUCCAUUAACUCGUGUCAGGAACAGCUGCCUGCGACAGGGGUGCCCGUCAGGCGGCAGCGCUUCAACCACAUGCAAGAGAAGUUCAAUGAAUAUGUGAAGAACCGCACCCUUCAGAACUGGAAGUUCUGGAUUUUCAGCAUCAUUAUCAAGCCUCUCUUUGAGUCAUUCAACGGGAUGGUGUCCACUACAAGCAGAACGGAGCUGUGCCAGACCACAUUGCAGUGGCUCGAUCGUCACUGUUCCCUUCCAGCACUCAGACCCAUGGUGCUGAGCACCCUUCGCCAGCUGAGCACAACCACGUCCAUUCUUAGCAAUCCAUCCCUGUUGCCUGAAGAAGCCAUCCAGGCCGUCACACACGCAGAAGUGUAGCCUCGUGCUCAGAGGAGGUGAGGCAACCCCAACACCACCUGAACCUUUUAACAGCAAUCAUCGAAAUGACAUAUCACUAGUUUACCUUUGAUUGCCAUUCAGCGAGGUCACCACAUCUUCCACGGAUUCACGGCUUCCCUUUAAGUUAAAUGAAAUGAUAAACGCAAGCUGGCUCACCUUUACCCCGCAUGUACAACGGUCAUACAUUUGUCCUGCUGUACAUUCUUGGGAAUGACGCACACGUGUUUGAUUUUACAUUUAUAACAAUUGUGCAAAAAAUGGCUUUUAUCAUAUUAUAUUUGAAUGACAGCAACUACUACUAUCAUCACCUGCUUCAGGUGACGAGCCUUAGAUAGUUAAUUGGAAGGUGGUACUGAUUGUUUGCUUUUUGAACAACAACAUAUAUUUAAAUGACUUUUAUAAUGUAAAAACACAACAUUGUGUCAAAAAGGGAAAUACCGAGUGAUUGUUCAUUUUGUGUUCUCUCUCAGUUGUACAAAUCAUUUGGAUAGGAGGCUUUUCUUACGAGCAGAUGAGAUGAAUGUGGGAUUUUUUUAGGGACUAGCUGGCAGUGUAGGUUUUGUUUUUGGAGGCUCUGAAACUUCACAGAAAGGCUUCUCAUCAGAGCAUAGAGGACGGCCUGAAACAUGGCGAAGGUGAUCACUCGUGGGCAUGUCUGUGCUUAAAGGAAUACUUCACUCACAAAAUGACCAUUUCUGUGUCAGUUAAAGCCUCUGCACACUGAGUCCAUUUUCCUCUGAAGCAUUUUUUUAAUACGUCAUCUGAAAAAAAUCGUUAAGCACACUGAUUCUGAUGUGUUUUAUUGUUCUAUUCAUUGUGAAAAUUUGCAAUACAUGCCUCUCUCCACUCUCUACCUAUCUGGCUGUCACCACUUCUUCUCUGUCUACAUUUGGCACCUCAGCUGCAUGAAGAGACUGAGCUGUCCUCCCUUUUUCCAUAUUCUGUGUGCUCUCCACAUCCUCCUCCUUUUCACCAUCAUCCACCUGAAUAUUACUGUCUGACCUGUUGAACGUGAGCUGUCUGAGUCCUGAAGUGAUUCUGUGUGCGCCCUGUUUUGCUGUCUUGUUGUGGCUGUGUCCCAUUUGUCUUCACUGAUUCUUGGUCAAAUUUUAAAGAUGAACGAAAGUUUCGGACUCAGUGUGCAAACGUGAUCGACUCAACGUGAAGUCGUAUUUAUUUUUAGAUGUGCGACAAUUGCAGACGAAAAAAAAGCAGAUUUUUUUUUCUGUCUUGCAUGUCUCAACAAUAAACAGCGAACAUAUUGAUUUGACCAUGUUGAACACCUGCAAAACAAUAUCAAAACAUCUGUUCACAAACUCUCACAUAACUCGUGCAGUAUAAUCCAAGUCUCAUUUGUCCAGUAAAAUGCUCAGCACCUUCUAAACACGCACAUUUUGACGAAACCCUAACUAAAAAUGAAUCGUAUCUAUUCUCCUGACAAAACCAGACUCCAAUAUGAAGAAUGAAUGUUUUUAUUUUUUUAGUAAAAAUUCAUGUGUUUUGGGAGGAAUGACCAUACGAUUGGACAAAUGAGACUUGGAUUAUACUGUUGGAGUUGUGUGAGAGUUUGUGAACAGAUGUGCUGUCGUUAAAUGUGCUCCCCUGUCAACAUGUUCUCUGUUUUCUGAGGAGGCUUUUAACAAAUUCAAGAUAACACAGCAAAACUGAUUCAUAUCCAAAUGGUCAUUUUGUGAGUGAAGUAUUCCUUUAAAGGUCAAGUGUGUAGGAUUUAGGGGCAUAUAUUGGCGGAUAUGCAACAAAAUAUAAUAAAUAAAUAUGUUGUCUUUACUGAAAAUAAGAAUAGCUGUGUUUCUGUUACCUUAGAAUGAGCCGUUUAUAUCUACACAUGGAGCAGGUCCUCUUCUACAGAGUCUGCUGUGUUGCACCGCCAUGUUUCUACUGUAGCCCAAAAUUGACAAACUAAACACUGAAGUUUUUCAUGUAAGCAUGCUUUAUUCAGUGUUUUAACCGGUUUAAAUCACAAGGUCCGCUUGUUUUGGAGAGGAGACCUCUGCGUAUAAUUGGGUUCCCAGUAAAAACCUCCUGAACAAUGAUAACCGUAGGAGUUCAAACCAUAUGGUCACGUUUGACACACUGCAGAAAGUUUCAGGUGGUUUCAAUCUGCUGUCCUCACAGCUAGAUGCCACUAAAUCCUACACACUGCCUCUUUAAUUAGUAAAAGGCAACUGAGAGCUUUAUCGUCUUUUCCAUCCCUCAUUUACUCAGGUGAAUGUUAUCUUGCCAGUUGACCAUAGUAGUGUCUUGGUGGGGUUUUUUCAUCCAUGCUGAACCUUCAUAUUUUGCUUGCUCUGCCCAUUUCCAGUGAGUUCAUCUGCAAGUUGUACAAGAAAUCCCAUCAUUUUAUAUGUUAAACACAUGGAUUUCUACUGGGCAGGUCACAGCAUAAUGGAGCAAUAUUACUUAUAGCCCUCAUAGGGAGCAUAACUGAAAUAGCAGUACACAUUAUAUUCACAUGUACAGUGUUACAAGAGCGAAGCUUAGCUGUAGGGGUCUUUCUGUUCUUUGUCACUCAGGGCUGGGCUGGUCAGUGAAAUUAUUUUCCAUUUUGCUAUGAACAAAUUGAUUCAGGGUCUUUCUCAGCAGGAAACAUGUCUGCACAAGGGUAAAGGUUACAUCAUAUGGUUUGAUUUUGUCCUGCUCAUAGUUACACUCAUUUAUAAGGUGUGUUAAUGACAGACGCAGGAGAAAACAGUCUGUCCUGUGAAAUGAUGCAGCACAUUCAAACAGUCCAAAAGCCAUAUGAACGAUUAAUUUACCCAUCCAUUCAGUAAAUGUUUUUUGUGUAACUGACAUCAUAUUUGAGUGCUCUGUCGACUGCUUGAGAAUUAGACACUGUGCAGAUUUGAUCGGCAUGCCUGACGUACUUCAGCCUGAAGGUCAAAUUAAGUGCCCUUACUUGUGAUCUUUGCAGGCUGAUUAGUCCUUUUUUUAAUUUUGUGGUUCAGCACUCCUCAGGCAGACAUUGAUUUUGUGAUUGUGUCUUUAUUUCCUGCAGAACAACUUUGUUUACGCUGAGUUUUAUGGUAGCGAAUGACGCCACUGAUCGUUCUUAUCUGUUGAAUGUGCAGCUUUUUGUGUGUUUUAUUGUGGAUUGCAGAUAUCUUUAAAUGGCCGGUUUUACUUUGUUUUUUUACAUCAUUAAAAAAAAAAAUAGCUGUUGAUGUAGAGGCUGCUCAAUUUACAGUAAGACGAGAAAAGCAGUCAUUAAGAUUCAACACAGGCCCAUUUACUUUUGACAGUAAAGACCCAAUGUUCCACCACAGCUUGGCAUUUGUGUGGAUUUUUUUUUUCCAACCAUCCUCUGAUUUUAAAAUGUUUGUCAUACCAGGUUGGAUUUCCAACUUCUGCUUGCUGUUUUUGUGAGGGGGUUUUGUACCUGAUGAUGUACAGUAUAUCAUUGCAGAUUGGAUCUGCCCACGUUGGUUCUCCCCAAAUUUGGUGUUGUAUUUCAUUUGUUUUAAGAAGUAAAGAUAUUUUCUAUGUG